UCUCUCGUUUUGUGUAGUCUGUUGUCGUUAUCGCUGUGUGUACGUACUGGUACAUAAGAAUAUGACGGGGAAAACAUUUUAAUUGAAAUUAAAAUUCAACCAAUAAAGUGUAUUUAAUAAUACCUACUGAUAAAAAAAAAAAACAAAAACAACAAACAAACACGAACAGAUAAAGUGAGUGUGACCGAAUGAAUCUUAAUUAAACACGAAAAUUUUGUGAAGAAAAAUUAUAUUUAAAGGCGAAAAAUUAUUUUUCCCCGAUAUGCUAUGUAAAUGAAAAAAAAAAACGAUUUUGUUUGUGUAAGUGUUAGUUGCAAUAAAAGUGCUUUAGAGUUGAAGAAUGUGAAGGAAAGCAAAGUGCGGUUGAGUUUUAAAGGUUUUUUGCGAAGUUAUGACGAAAAAUUACAGAGAAAUUAUAUGCACUCAAAUAAGUAAACACAUACAUAUAUGUAAAAAAAAAAAACUAAAUCAAAUGAUAAAGUGCAUUAAGCAAUGUGGCCGCUGAGGUGCAAACGGCGACGACGGCGACGACGACGACUUCUAUGAGAAUUCAACAAGGUGGGGGCAGCAGACAAAAAGUAUAAUCAGUAAUUGCGACGAGUCAGAUGGAGAACACAUACAUAUGUAGUACGUGUGUGUGAAUGCGUGUAUGUGGAAAAGAUGAUCACACAGCGGAGGCAGACGACAAUACAGAAGUGCUACUAGGUACACAUUUAGGUACGAAGUGCCAGCUGAAGAACGUAUUGAGGAUCGCUUUUUGAGCACUCUAAAUCGGUAUUAGCAUAUAGGUAACGGACGGUGUCUGCGAAUGUCUCGCAAGUUCGUCACAGAUAUACUUACAUGCAUACAUAUCUACUUUUGCAUAUGUGUAUGUAUGUACAUAUAUUAUUUACACCUACUAGAGUGCUACCCGUUCAUCACUUGGCCAACACCACCACUACCACCGACACCAGCACAGCCCUCAUUCUCAUCCAUACUCUCCAUUUUCAUACUCAUAAUCGACUGCUGUCACCACCAUUCUCGCCCCCACUAACUCUUACGUUGUAACUGUCCACCGUAGCAACACAGUGACGAUAAUUAUCGUGGUCGUUGUCGUCGUCGUCGUCGUCGUCGCCAUCGCCGCCGCCUCCGCCGCCAACUUUAUUGUUUCUGGUCCUUGUUAUUUAUUAUGUAGUACUGGUAAUGGUACUGGUACUGGUGUCUCAUAUGCACAUAUUAAUGCCAUUGUAGCUGGCUGCUACUUUUUUUUUUGCUAUCGUUGUUGUCGACGUCUUCAGCCAUCUCCAUCUCUGCCUCUGACGAUUCUGUUGCUGUCCCAACUUCAUUGCCGUACUCAUGCGUCUUCUCGACCCACCUUUUCCCACUCCUCCCCCUCCUCCUCCUUCUCGACCGUACCCACCCAUUGCUGUCGUCCGUCUCGUCGCUGUCUGUUUUACGAAUUGGGUAAAGCGCCAGCAGAACAGCCAGUCGUUGGAGCCUCCUCAGUUGUUUUUCGACGUCUGAAUUGAGUGCGUGUACCACACUCGUCGGCAGCAAUGUGAAACCACGUACAUAUACAUAUAUAUAUCUGCAUACUAAAAAGAUACUUAUUUACAUUUGUUGAGAGAGAACGCGUGCAAAAACAACAUUACGCGGCGUGCGCACGUCGUUUACCCCUCCCCCCCCCCCCCCCCCCCCCNCCCAUCAAUUGCGGCAAUUUAAUGAAAUUUAUUUUAUUAAUGAAUUAACGCAUGCAGUAGCAACUCACAAGCAACAACAGAAACAACUAAAGCAACAAGAGCAACAAAAAAAAUCAUCAACGCUUAGCGCUGUAAGAAGCGCAGCGGCGUAAAAGAAACCUGCACUCGCUCUUUAGAAAUCACUCGAAAGCAUAAAUCAGCAUUUCCUCUGUGUCAUUUAACAAUUUCAAAGAUUCCAACCUAAGCAGGGGCAUAAAGUCAGUACAGCCGUACACAGCUAGCUACAAGGAAAGCUCAACGACUACUCAAUUUAUUGUACAACGACAACGCUCGCGCCGCCUUUUUACUUACAUAUGCGACAUUGCACUCCGUCGCUACGGCUACGGCAAUAGCAUUGCUAAUGAGCAGAGUAGGGCAGAGCAGCAGCGGCAGCGGCAGCGGCAGCAUAAAAAUGCACACCCACAAAAUUGAAUUGAAAGACGUCUAGCUAGCUUCCUGCCCCCAAAGAAGCCUUCGACUUAACGCACAUCAAGUGAAUUGAAUUCGUAUACGCGAGCAUAGUGUGGUCCAAUAUAGUAUGUAGACGGGCGUUAAGUCACCAAUCAGCGUGCAAUCAACAUCGCAUCGUACAAUAUUUACUUAUUUUCUACAUACAUACAUUGCAUCUGUUUGGAGUUCGUGGCGGCGGCUACGACGUUAACGUUGCGCAAACGUAUACGCAGCGAUGGCAGCCUCAACGCCAGAUAACUAUAAAGUUCCAUCAACAAGUAAAAUAUCAGUGGAUAAAUUGUUGCGUGUUGGCUAUUAUGAGUUGGAGAAGACAAUUGGCAAGGGAAAUUUUGCAGUGGUCAAGUUGGCGUCCAACAUUGUCACCAAAUCGAAGGUAGCGAUAAAAAUUAUCGAUAAGACAUGCCUAAAUCGGGAAUACCUAACCAAAACAUUCCGCGAGAUUUCCAUUUUGAAAUCGCUGCGCCAUGCGCAUAUCACUCGUCUCUAUGAGGUGAUGCAGUCAGAGACAAUGAUCUAUCUUGUCACAGAGUAUGCGUCCAACGGCGAGAUAUUCGAUCAUCUGGCAGAGAAUGGACCUAUGAAAGAGCAGGAAGCGGCGCGCGUUUUCACACAAUUGGUCUCAGCCGUGCAGUAUUGCCAUUCGAUGGGCGUGGUGCAUCGUGAUCUCAAAGCGGAAAAUGUUUUGCUCGAUAAGGAUAUGAAUAUCAAGCUCGCUGACUUCGGCUUCAGUAAUCGCUACGAAGAGGGCAAUCCGUUGACAACGUGGUGCGGUUCGCCACCAUACGCCGCACCUGAAGUAUUUCAGGGUCUGGAAUAUGAUGGACCCAAAGCAGACAUCUGGAGCUUGGGCGUCGUGCUGUACGCGCUAGUGUGCGGUGCACUGCCUUUCAAUGGUGAUACGCUGCUGGAGUUGAAAGGACGCGUAGUUACUGGAAAAUUUCGCAUACCAUACUUUAUGUCACGAGACUGUGAGCACCUCUUACGUAAUAUGCUGGUCGUUGAGCCAGAUCGACGUUAUACAUUAAAACAAAUUAUAAAACAUCGCUGGCUAAGCGAUUGGGCAGCGGAACUAGAUGAUUACGCACAACAUUCCGACAGCAGUCCACUUGCGUGUAGCGACAGCAAUAGCAGCUGCAAUGCGCAAACGACAGCGACUGUUGCCAACCUAGAUACGGAGAUAAUGAAGAAUAUGCUACAAUUGCCUGGACUGACCGCCGAUAUGAUUGCCGAGUCGGUGCAUAAUCAUCGCUUCGAUAAUAUAUAUGCCAUUUAUUAUUUGCUUGCCGAUAAGUUGCAGCAAAGGCGACGAGAACAACAUAGAAUGCAGCAUCAAGCUGCCUAUUCAAGACUACGCAAAACUAGUAUCACCACUGGUGUAGUCGAUCGCUCUGAGCCAAUCAAACAGGAGUCGGUCGAUCGCUUAAGUCCACUUACCAACACCAAUGCACUACAAAGUGGAUUAGGAUUUCAUUGGAGCGAUGUUUCGGUGGAUUUAGAGAAAUUCGGCGAUUUCGAAUUAGAAUGUCUGGCGCGACCGAAUGAGCCACAAAACCAAAAUCAAAAUCACCUGUGUGCCAAUGCCGGUGGAAACGGCACUAAUACGCGGCGACAUACUGUGGGUCCUGGCGAUGUGGCACACGAACAGGCGCUUGCCAAUCCAAAUGUGCCGCCAAUCAAUUUCAAGUGCACACCAGAGAAUAAAGACGAGACUGGUGCCUACUUGCCAAUGAACCUGCCAAUGUUACAAAAUCAACCGCUACACAAUUUAACCAUAAAGGAUCAGCAUCUAUUAAAGCCACCAGUGGUGAUGGGUGCCAGUUCAUUUGGACGUCGCGCUUCUGACGGUGGCGCCAAUCUACACAUCUACUAUCCUUCUUCGGUAAAUAAUAUGCAACAAGUUGCCGGUCAAGCGCAACAAAUGGACGCGAAUGCAUAUUAUAUCAGUCCGAAUGUGGCAAAUCCUGCAGGCCUAAGCGGCGCGCCAACAGAUCGUAUGCUGGGUCAAGGUGUGGGCGAACAAACACAACUGCAACAGUUGGGUGCCGGCGAUUCUGUGAGCGAGGAGAACAACGAGGAGAUACAAAAAUACAUUCAAAUUCGUGGUAAACGACACACCGUCAGCUGUACGGAAGACCUGUCCAUACAGCAUCAUUCCGGCGAGACUUGUCCCGUGUGUGGUGUUUAUGAACCGCCUAUAGUACCACAAAUGCCUACCAUUAUGUCACAGCAGUCGACUGGCGCUGGAGCAACAGGUGGUGGUGGUGGUGGUGGUAUUCGCACAAGACGUACCGGCCUGCUGACUGUAACAGAACGACCGCCAGUGAUAAGUCCUGAGCUUAUACGCGAGGUGGAAUCGCGCAUGAAUCGCAAUUACUUGCCACCUGCUUUAAAAAUGCAGCAACAUCAAUCGCAUCCGCACCAGCAUAGCGCAACGAAUCCCACGCUCAGCCAAUCCCCUCCCACUGGCGCCUUUGCGCCUUACCAUUCGUCAUCGAGCGCCAAUAUUUUGCCUACCCAGGCAUUAGCAAAUGCAGCCAUGACGGCACAAGGUCCUCCUAACGCUUCUGGAAAUAGUAGGCGUGUUCAUUUCAAAUCCACCAACAAGCUGCCAACCGUGCAAGAAGUUGGACGCUACAGCCCCGUGAGGCGCGCAUCCGAAGGAUCGAAAGCACAAUUCCAAGGACCAUUACAAGAGUGUCAGUAUCUGCAAAAAGUAUCAGCACAACGUAAUUUUUUGGUUGCACCAACACCGCCACUUUCAGAUAAUUCAAUUAGUUUACCUGGUUCCCCCAUACAUGGCAAGCCCGCUCCGCACAUGAUAUUCCGUCGUGGUCAAGAUAUUGAGGUACCACCUGAAGCUGUACGAGCUCUGAUGCCGCAGCUUGAUCGCCUUGUCAGGGAGCAUCGACUGAGCACGGAUAUAGCCAAUAAAGUCAUAGCUACUGGUAUGGUGCCGCUUGACUUAGCGUCCCAUUUGGGCUUGACAGCACAUUCCGCAAGUGCUGCCGUAAGUGGUGGCCACCUAGAGAUGGCGUCGUCUCCCAUGCAACACCAAGCAAUGUAUAGUUUGAGUGUGUCGCCACUCUCCUUGCCAAAUAGCGCUAGCGCCAGCGUUAUGGGCGCCGUUAGUGGACCGUUAACGGCACCACCAACUGCAUGUAGCCACAAUAUGGGUGCACACUCGAAACAGAUGCUGGGUCAAGGUCCAUACCAGCAACAGUAUUUGGGUCUAAUGCAUCCGCAAAUGCAUUAUCCCGGCAAUGGACUGGUUGGUCAAUUCAGUCACAUAACACUUAGUGCGGGUGUGAGUACUUGCGCGAGUCCAGGUCAAUUUAGUGGUUCAAAUAGCAGUAGCGGUUGUCAGUCGCCCAUUUAUAGCAGUUUUAGCGGCUCAUCUUCACCCAACCCCUAUAUGCCAGGCGCAGGGCCAUUCAAUCCCUGCAGUAUUGUCGGCAGCGGUGGCGGCGGUGGUGGCUCAUCACCACUGCAUCAAAUUACGAAAGGUAUCUCGGUGCUUUCCACUGGCGGCGGUGGUUCGAUUACACGCGGCACUUCAGCUGCCAGUGAAAUAGCCUCCUCCGCAGCCGCCGCUGCUGCUGCAGCCAAUCAGCCGCUAGAUCUUUCCAUGGAUGUGUGUACUUCGGACAGCUCUGCUGCGGAAACGCCCACGAAUGCAUUUGCUCAACAACAUGUCAACUGGAUGUUGCCGCAAGUAACUUGCUUCGAUCUCAAGCCGCUAAAUUUGUCGCCAGCACAACCGGUGCGGGUUGUGCCCACGCCACCUGCCUCGCCCAAUCUUUGUAUCAUACAGGAGGAGAAUGCCAAUGGACAAAUGUAUCAUACCAUCACAACGGGUACGCCACAUGCAGGCUGCACCGGCGGGCUAAUCAACGAGGAUUGGGCAUCGCCAUGUCAACCGUCGCAUCCGCAAAUAUGUCUGACAGAUGUGCAGGGCAGCGAGAUCACGUUGGUGGCGCUGAGUUCGGAAAAUAGCCAUGACAGUGACUGCGAUUCGCUAGAGCCGCACACGUCUCUGAUGUCAUUACAGGGACUUAUAAUCACUGAACCUUCCAGCGAUAUGCCUUCGAUUACACGUGGCAUAGGACGCAAAACUAGUUUAGAAUGCGCUAACGACAGCCACACGACGCGUCUAGAAAGCGAUGCCAGCACGUCCAGUAAUGCACAAAACGCCAGCGAUUCACAUCGACGCGGCAGUGAUAAAUCGCUUGGCUUCUCCGACGAUUCACUAAGUAAUGAUUCAAACAAUCUCUCACCCUGUCAAGAGCCUUCCGCUAGCUCCGGCUUCAAAUCGGACUCACAUUCCGAGAUUGGCGAUCAUACCGAGGGACAUUUAUCACCCGAUUCCAUUUGCGAUUCACGACGCAUGUCAGAAGAGAUGUGCUACGAAGUGCCGUUGCCGCAUGAAUGCUCCAACCUUGACCCGACACGCAUACUGGAGUUGGUCAAACAAACCAUUGAUCAAACGAUGCCACCAAAAGGUGCAGUCCUGCACAAAGGACUGCCGGAAGAUUACGUUGGUAGCGCGAGCGUAGCUGGAGCAACUGGUGAGACGCGCAUAAGUAACGCCAGCGAAUCAUCAGCGACAUCGAUGGACACAAGCAGUAGCACGUCAGGCUACUGUGGCGGCUUUGGCGGUACCGUUGGAGUUGGCGGAGGUGGCGGGAGCACAAGUACAAAUCUUAGCUUGGAGUACUCGGGCGGCCUACAAAUCGAGUUGCAAGUGUGUGAAGGCCGCAGCCGUGACAAUCAAACGGCUGGCAAAGGUAUCAAACUGCGACGCAUCUCGGGCGAUCAAUUCGAAUAUGGCAAAUUGUGUCAGCAGUUGAUUAACAAGUUAACCAUGCAGCAGGUAGCCGGUUAAGUACAAGUGCUAGUAAAAAGAAUUGUAAGCGUGAGUAAACCGUGAGCACUUUGGAUGUACAUACCUACAUAUGUAUGUAGUAUGUGCAUAGCAUUUAUGGUAGCACAUGGCGUGGCGUAUAAGUAAGGCGUGUAAAUCAGGAGCGUGUAAAA